CAGGGAUCUCCUUCUGUUCGUGUAUCCCUCUCGAAGUGAACCUCCUGCAGGAGACACGCGAAUUUGCUUUUUCCAAAAGCAGUAGUGACGCCAUUGAAAGGAGAAAAAAGGGGACCCCCUGACAGAGAGGACAGAGAGAAGCACAGGGGUGCUGGUGUGCCGCGCGCUCGCUGUGUGCUAUAAUUGUUUUUUAGUUUUACUCAACUGAUAGAAUCACCGCGCUGAAGAUGAGGGAAGCCGUGCUUAACGGCAUUGCGCCAAAGAGAACGUAGCGUGAUCCAAGUUAAAAGAAUGGAGCGUUGCACUCGGAAGCAGGAAGGCUGCGAGGCACUGGAAAAGAUUCCCCGUGCAGGGUCUGUGUUCAGGCUAAGGCCCGAGACGCCAGGCUCGUGAUCUGCAUGUUUCUGGAACAGAAAUGUGAAUUCAGCAAACCAACGUUUUCGCCGAAAACUAGCUCUUUGUGAAGCACUUGACGACUGUGACGCCGAGAACCGCUUCGACGUGCUGCUUCUCGUUUUUUUGACACCACGGGCUUCCCCCUCCUUUUACUCGCUUUCACCUUAAAGCGUAUCCGCUAGCCUCCUGCCUGUUCAAUCCUCGAGUCUCUUCUUCAUGCUUCUCCAUUCUUCACAUUCACUCCUAGACGAGCACCAGCUACUUGCGAUAGCCUCCGGAUCCCGAGGCUGUUGAUUUGCCGCCUCGGCCUGAAACAAAGAGAAUAUGGCAGCAGACGUUCCUUCCUGUUGUGAUACGGUUGCUCACGAACGGCAACUAUUCCCCUCCUCGUAAUCCGUUUGUGCAUUAUGCAGAGAACAUCAGCAAAGUCAAGGGUAGGGAGUGCGCGUUGCGGAGACGACCGUGUUCGUCUUCCUUUUUAUCACCAGUUGUUUCUUCCUCUGGCGUGAUGUUUAGAUUUGUUCCUCUGCUAGCUAAGAAAAGAUUCAUCCGCAUUAUUAAGAGAACUGGACAUCUUAAUUUCAGACCAAUUCGUCCAGAGACAACACUUUUUUGCCUUCAGCGUUCUGCCUGCUAUUUCAUCCAAACAUAGUGGAGGACAGUCCGUUUCUCGUUAUUAUCUUCGUAGGCGUAGCUUUUGCUCGUAGCCGCAUCUACAUAGCAACAAGCGUCCUUCCGAUAUCUGCCCAAUGUCUCGCCGAAAUGGACACUGAUUUUUUCGCCCUCGCGCUCCAUCUUCCCUUCGACUUGUUGCCGGUCGCCACCAUCGCUGCUACACAUCUCGCCAUCAAGCGAACCCGAGGCACAGUGGGAGUCGCUUUGAAUCGCUUCAAUUUGCUUAUUCAUGACAGUCCCUCUCAAGAAACUUGGAAGGCGGGUUUUCCUUGUUUGCCGUCUGAUCGCCAUCCCUACCGCCGCCGUUACGAAAACUUGUUCUUUCUCCCGAAUUCUCAACUGCGAAGAAUGUGAAUCGCCUUGAGUUGGCAAAAGUGUCAACCUCGAGACAGCGACAGGCGAAUCCGGAUGGCGAGGAGAAUCAUGGACAACCUGGCUUGUGCCUGUGCGUAGACUAUCUGCUUCAACGUUUCCGAAAGCCACUGACGCAGGAGGGGCAACGAUAACAUUCUUAUCAGACGCG